CCAGUCAUACCCCGAGUAUCAACAGUUGCAUUAAACUAGGCAACAAAGAAAGCACUAACACUUGUUCUUUUUACCCGCUGGGAAACGACCUGUUUCACAAAAUGUUUUUUUGGAUAUAUUAUCGUAAUUGGACUGUUUGGGAAAUUCUACGUCCACUGCUGGUCGAAUUCAAAGAAUGUGACUUUCCCAGAGUACCUCAUGUUGGGGACAGGUCCUGUAAUAAUGGAACGUGCUAAGGCGCCACAAGAAGUCGUGUCCUGUGAAAAAACUGACAUUGAUGAUUGCAUGGCGAAACUUCAAACUUUCCUCAGGCUCACAUCAUUACCAUUUACAGCUAAAGCAGAAGAAUUAGAUCAGUUAUGCGAAGAAGCUGCUAGUGGAUAUAAUUGCACAGCUGGAAUGUUGCGUUCCAAAGACUGUCUUUCUUCUACCGACAAGGAUUUAGUGCCCAUAUUCGUGGAAAUGGCAGAAUACAUGUUUUUUAUGCUUUGUGGAAAUGGAGCUGGAACUCCAGGAUACUUAAAAGAAGCUUUUUUGAAAAACUCUGAAUGCAUAAUAAAGAAUAAGGAGAGCAUACAAUGCUGUGCUCGGGAAAGUCACAUUCCAGACCUUCCAAUUGUACGUUUUGUUGAAGAAAAAACCAAAGGGCUAGCAGAAAAACAGAUUACUGCUUGCUGUCCAGUAGCGAACUUCCUCAAAUGUGCAAGUUCUAAGGCAGAAGAGAGCUGCGGUGAAGUUGCCGGAAACUUCACUGCGGAAUAUAUUCAACGUGCAACUGGUGAACAACUCCAAGCUGUGUGCCAAAACAUGCCUCUCUACCCCGAGCCCGACCCGAAAACGUGCCAGAGUAAACCACCUGUCUGUUCUGGCGGCAGUCAAGCCCCGCAUUUAAGUUACGAACUGUUGAUGUUUUUAUUUGCUUUCUUGUGUUUACGCUCACUUUACGUGCAUUGAUGAAUCAAUGCAGAGCUAUCAAAUUCAUAAACGAGCAUUUUGAACAUGUGUCGCAUUUUCACUGCUAAUUUAAGCAAAAAAAAAAAAAAAAAUCAAUUGAUUUGCAUCAGCUUUUCUUUAUUUUCUUCAUUUAUGUUUGAGGACAGAUAAUGAUGUUUCAAAGAUUAUUUAAGCAAUUUAGUGUUAAUUCACUAAUGCUUAUACAAAAUUAACACUUGUUUAGAAAUUUAUUCUGUAAAUUGGGAUCAAAACUGAUUUCAUACCAUAGGGCUUUAGACUUCGAGUUUACUAUAAGAUAUGCUGACAAUGAAAUUGCUGAUGCUCUGUAUUAUCACAGUAAUUUCUAGGGAAUAAUUAAUCAUUAGCUGAGAAAAGUAUCAAAAGGUUUGCGGGAGAUCAAUAUUAGUGAAAAAUGAAAAGUUAAACUUUGUGAAAUGAGAAGCUUGGUGGAAGAAGCUAACUGAAAAAAAAAAAAAAAAACAAUUGCUAAUAAGUUCAGACUGAAUUCGCGGAAACGUUUGAAACACAGUUAAAAUAUAAUAGUUUGCUUUGUGAUCUAAAUUCAGUAUUUAUUUAUUUAUUGUCUUUUUACCUACUGACACAUCAGAGAAAUCUCUUCAAUUUGUGUGGUGCUAAAUUUGAAGGCUCAACUCUGUGCAGUUCGUUAAAUUUUUUUCAUGUCGUUACGUCUUUUUUUAGACAGCCUGCGUAAUACAAAAAAUAGCAAUGAAAAUCCAAGAUAGACAUACAAGCAAAUAAGCGCAUAGCAAAUAAAAGGUCACGAAGUAGUUUUGAGAACAUUGAAUAGUUAACGAAAGAAAAUUAAUAAUUAUUAAGAAACUGUUCUCAAAUUAAUCUUUCUUUUUUUACCUAUUAAAAAACUGCAGAUUACUUGAAAUAGAUCGUUUUAACUUGGGCAUCUGGUGUUGUAAGUACUAAAUCGACUUCAUAUAAAAUUCGCCUGCGUUGGAAACAUUGACUAAUUUUUUGUGUAAUGAUACAAAAUAAGAUUUGAAAAUGAGUAAACAGUUUGUUGCCUACAUCAAAAUUUGUAUGUGUAUUUUAUUAUUUUGUUCCAGCUAAGAUAUUUAUUCUGGUUUUCACUAUUUAGUUUUUCGAGCUUUCGUUACUUGGAAAAAAUGUUUUUGAAAAAAAAAAACCUUGUUUGUGGAAAAAUUUUGUAAAUUGGUUCACGGAUAUUAAAAAAUAAAGAUUUCUUAUUGAA